UGUCGACAUACCCUACCCAUCCACCAACAGGUAAAACUGGUUAUCAGACUGCAGCUUAACGCCCAUGUAUAUACUUACACCAAUCGCUUCAUCGAAACAGCCGCCGUUUCCGCUCCAUGUGGGGUUGUUUACAGCGAUUUCGUGCAGCAAAUGAUUGCCUCUACCAUGUGAAUGGUAACUGUUAGCGACUCCGGCUUUGAUGGCUUCCGCAAUUCUACCCUCACCGAUUUUAGUUUCUUGGGCGUCAAUUUGUAUCUCAAUGUGGUUAACUCUUCUUGUACUCACGCUGUACAGAUGCUGCCACAAUUCGUCAAAGCGCUCGCGAUCUUCGAUUCCUUGUAUUCCGCUGUAAUAUCGAUCCUCAUCUUGAUCGCAUACUUACAGAUUUUAGUAGCUAGCCAGCAGGGACCUCGAGCGGUCUUGUGCAAAGGCUAGCUGGCAUCCACGACUAGACUGUUCGGAAUGUACUAC